CCAGUUUCACGUCUCACGAGUUGCUGUCCCGAUGUUGACAACAAGAAGCAAACAAGAAGUCAAUAAAAACGACCACGCCUACUUGCCCCGCGACCAAUCAGGAAGCGAUUUUGCCAAAGAGUUUUGCAAGCAGCUGGAGUUGAUGCGAAAUACAAUAUACGGACAAGUUUUGUGCAGUUUGUUUUCGUUCUCCAAGGUUUGUUUUGUGACGGCUAUUUACGCCUAUUUCCUACUGAAGCCGAGACUGAAAUGCAUCUUAGGGGCACGUAGGAACACCAACGACUCCGAUGAAGAUGCAUUCUAGUCAGCUCGAGGAGGUCGGUUUUGGUUUUAGUUCUUUUGUGGACGUCGAAAACAUUCCUAAUUUGACCGACACCAAUGAAGAAAACACAAACGGCAAGACCUUUGAGGAGGCCAAGGCAGUCCUCGGGUCUAGAAAAAUCAGAGAAGCCAAAUUGAUGUUGAGGGAAAAUUCGUGGCACUUCACGGACAAGAUCCGCUCCCAGUUAUGGCCCGCUCUGUGCCAAAGGCUGGGGAAGGAACAACCCAAUGACACUUUUUACGGGGACACGGUCAUGCUUCUCUUUGGUACCAAAGAACUACCCAACAGAUCGCUUAUUCUGCCACAAUUUGUGGAGCCAUCUCACUGCCAUAAUUACUAUUUAUCCCGGGAAGGCCAUAUCACUGCAGAAAGAGUAAUUUCAGUCUUGGGCUACUCGUGUCCUGACGUGACCUACAGUCCGGUCGCAUUUCCUUUGGCUGCUCUAUUUUUACAUUACAUGACAGAAGAUACAGCCUAUGCAGCCAUGGCAAACGUCUUGUCAUGCCGAUCGCCAGUUUUCAUCACUCAGACCAAGCUGCAUAACGAAAUCACUUGGCAAACUUGCCUUUUGCUGGCAAAAAAAUUCACUAAAAACUCCAUCAUCAGUCUUCAAAAGCAAUUUGGUGGAAAUCAUUCUGAACUGGAACUGUUGUUCAGCGACUGGCUCUGGUGGAUAUUCAAUGGAAUCCCUUUCCAGCAUUUGGUGAGGGUGACAGACUGCUUCCUUAUGGAAGGAAUCAAAGUCCUCUACAGAGUAGCACUUGCUUUAGCGCAACUCUUUUCUAAAUUGGGUAGCAACCCAGGAACUGAAUGGGAAGAACAGUUUGUGCACGGAAAUUAUUCCGGUGCUAUGAUGACGUUCUGCAGAAAUCUGCCUGUGACGCCUAGCAAGCUUUUGAAGUUGGCUUUUGGCAUUCGCAACUUCAGCUCGGCCUCAAUGGCAAAAAUGCAGCUCAGGACAGAGCUCAUGGUCAAGUCGAGAAACACUGCCUCUGUGACAAGCGGGCCCAACCUUCUAAAGAGGGCCAGAUCGUCAGAAAAUUUGCCUAGUGUCCAGUCACAGGGAGAAGUGAGAAUGGCCUCACACACCCUCACCAUUAAGGAGGGAAAUUUGUCCCCUGAGCACAGAACGUCUCAAAUGGGAACAUAUCCCAUUCAGGGUUUGCACUCUGUUAUUGUGGAUAUGGACCAGCUGUUGACUGUGUGGACUUGGUUACCUAUUCGGAUCACAAUGUACCAGCCUGUUCUAUUGUACACAACUGAGGAGCAUGGAUGCUCUUUGACUACAUUCUUUGUCCGAGUCGAGAAACAUGAGCCUACAAUUUUGAUCAUCAAAACCUGCAGCGGAGACAUUUUUGGUGCCUAUUGCUCUGCGCGAUGGGAAGAGCGAAACUUGAAAGAUGACAAGGGCGUCCGACAGGCGUACUUUGGCACCGGUGAAACUUUUGUGUUCACAUUGAGUCCGGAGAGGCGUAAAUACCAGUGGGUGGGCCUCGACAUUGGCAGAAAUGAUGACUUUGACGAGAAUGGCAAGGGUGACAUCAAACACUCGUCGGAACUGUUCAUGGCAGCGGACAACCACAUGAUCACCAUUGGUGGCGGUGGUGGCUCGGCAAUUUGGAUGGACGAAAAUAUCCGCUUUGGCAAAUCAGGGCACUGUGAGACUUUCAACAACCUUCCAUUGUGCCCCAAGGGUGACUUUGAGAUCCAGGUCCUGGAAGUCUAUGGCUUUGUUGGGCUUUAAGUACAAAAACGCAUGCUUUGCCAAAAAUGCUAAAUGUUGUGUGUAUACUCACUGUAAAAGGGGGACGUAGCUGCUUAUAGCUUAAGAUUAGGCCUAACUGUGUAUGAAACGUCAGCAAGCAAUAACAACAACGUUAAAUGAAACAUAAAUGGAUUAAUUAACACAAGAUUGAAAAAAACAUAAACGAUUGAUCAAACUAGUCGUUGAAGCACCUGAUCAUUGAAUUUUUGCAUUCCUUGUUGUGGAGAGAGAUUUUUAAGUGUCGAUCGAUAAAAAGUCUGUCGCCGUCAAACGAAUAAUAUAUCACACACUGUCGGUGAAAACAAAAACGUAGUUGUGAUGCAUUUAAACUAACUUGUUCUAAAUGUAUAUUCUCACGCAAGUGUCAGGGCCUCUUAAAGAUGAGCCAGACCAAGCAAGAGAGCUCGGUAGUUUGUAGAGGAAGUUGAGAGAAGAAGAAACAAUUAAUCACAGCUUGUCUCUCGCUUUUGUCGCGCUGCUCAGCCUCUGAAUGUGCUCUCGUGUCACGCAUAUAUACUUGUUGUUUCACGCCCCGUCGUUGAAAGAAAGUCUGUCAAAUGUACUCGACAUAUGAAAUUAGUGUGUUCCUCUACUUAAGCGUAUUAAGACUUAUUACUUUAUUAUUGCAUUACCACUGAUUAUUAUUAUUAUUGGUUUUUAUGUCGUUUUGUUACGAUUGUGAACUUGCAUUAGUCGUUUUUGUGGGUAGCUUUCAAUUUCAUUCACCGUUUUUGUCCUUAAGAGAUAGAUUUAAGCAAAUCACCACAUUAAAGAAUAAUUCAUCUUGGAACCCCAAUAUGUUCUAUAAGUGUAAUUUUUAUAAGAGAGAUGAGAGAUGCAAAUCCAAGUACUGCUCGAUAGAUGGAUGUGCCAGUUAGAGAGGAUUAAGCAAUUGACUGUAGAUCAAUUAAUAAAAAAUCUAUCACAC